AAACGGUAGUAAAAACCCGUUAAACACCGAACACGAAGCAGCAACCAAAACCAGAAUCAGGGUGAAGCAUCAGAAGUCGACGCCAUUUGAGGAGGCGACCACCACUUCGAAGCACCCAAUUCAUCAAUGGCAAUCAGAGUUAUGGACUUAGUGUCCGGAGCCUCGCUCAAUUGUUUUCAUUUCAAAAACAAUAAAGGCUUUGUGAAAUCUAGGGAUUUCACUAUCAGAUGUUCUGUUCCUCUCUCUUCCCAUGGCGCUGCCACCAUUGAUUUGGGAGAGAGGCCAUGGAAGGUGUCGGAUGCUCGGUUGGUGCUUGAAGAUGGUUCAAUCUGGAGGGCUAAGUCUUUUGGCGCUUCCGGAACCCAAGUUGGUGAAGUGGUUUUCAAUACUUCUUUGACUGGGUAUCAAGAAAUUCUAACAGAUCCAAGCUAUAAUGGGCAGUUUGUCCUGAUGACCAAUCCCCAUAUCGGCAAUACUGGUGUCAAUUUCGAUGAUGAAGAAGCCAGGCAAUGCUUCCUCGCUGGCCUGGUGAUCAGAAGCCUAAGCAUCAGCACUUCAAAUUGGAGGUGUAAACAAACGCUUGGUGAUUAUUUAAUUGAGAGAAACAUCAUGGGAAUUUAUGAUGUUGACACUCGUGCUAUUACUCGUCGGUUAAGGGAAGAUGGAAGUCUUAUUGGUGUUUUAAGCACUGAAAAGUCGAAAUCUGAUGAUGAGCUAUUGGAAAUGUCUCGGUCAUGGAACAUUGUUGGUGUUGACUUAAUUAGUGGUGUUUCAUGCAAAUCUCCUUAUGAAUGGGUGGAUAGAACUGAUUUGGAAUGGGAAUUCAAAUCUGGUGGACAAGCUUCAGAGACCUUCCAUGUUGUGGCCUAUGAUUUUGGAAUCAAGAGUAACAUACUUAGGCGCUUGGCAUCUUAUGGAUGCAAAAUCACUGUUGUCCCGUCCACAUGGGCGGCAUCAGAGACCCUUAAGUUAGAGCCAGAUGGGGUUCUUUUCAGCAACGGUCCGGGCGAUCCAUCUGCAGUUCCUUAUGCUGUUGAAACAGUCAAGCAACUAGUUGGGAAGGUACCUGUUUUUGGAAUUUGUAUGGGCCAUCAAUUGCUUGGCCAGGCCUUGGGUGGUAAGACCUUCAAAAUGAAAUUUGGUCAUCAUGGAGGAAAUCAUCCCGUUCGCAACUUUCGGAACGACCGUGUAGAAAUUAGUGCUCAGAAUCACAACUACGCAGUGGAUCCUGCAUCCCUCCCAGAGGGUGUUGAAGUAACCCACGUCAAUCUUAAUGAUGGAAGCUGUGCUGGUCUUGCUUACCCAAAGCUAAAAAUUAUGUCUCUUCAAUACCAUCCUGAAGCAUCUCCCGGGCCUCACGAUUCCGACUCUGUUUUUGGAGAUUUCAUAGAGAUGAUGAAGCAAGAAAAGAGAAAUGGUUAAUGUGACCAUUCAGAGAGUGGCGAGGGAAAAGGGAAAGGGAAAGGGGAAAGAGACUGUAAUAUAUAUCUCCCCUUCUCUGUGAUCAUUGUAGCAUCUCAAGCCCCAUAUGGGUUGCUUGGAAAUAUAAAAUAGUAAUAAUAAUAAUAAUAUCUAUUCAAACUAAUUGGGAAGAUUACAGUAUUUA